CCUCAGAUCUUCAGUCCCCAAUCCAUCAAAAUGUCCGACGAGCAGACUUUCAUUGCCAUCAAGCCCGAUGGUGUCCAGCGUGGCCUCGUUGGUCCCAUCAUCUCUCGCUUCGAGAACCGUGGCUUCAAGCUUGUUGCCAUGAAGCUCACCUCCCCCAGCCAGGAGCACCUCGAGAAGCACUACGCCGACCUCGCCGGCAAGGGCUUCUUCAAGGGCCUCAUCUCCUACAUGCUGAGCGGCCCCAUCUGCGCCAUGGUCUGGGAGGGCAAGGACGCCGUCAAGACCGGUCGCGUCAUCUUGGGUGCCACCAACCCCCUGGCCUCCGCUCCCGGCACCAUCCGUGGUGACUACGCCAUCGAUGUCGGCCGCAACGUCUGCCACGGCUCCGACAGCGUCGAGAACGCCAAGAAGGAGAUUGCCCUCUGGUUCUCCCCCUCCGAGGUCCUGCAGUGGAAGUCCACCCAGGCCCAGUGGGUCUACGAGUAA